CGAUUUGUAAGUACACUUCGCAAAACCCUACCAAAACCCUGUCAUGAAUUUUCUCUACCGCUCUCACUGCUCGCACCUCCGCCGCAGCCAUUUCCGCCACCAGCACAUCCGAUCUCUGUACGACGGCGUAUUCACCCUACAAUGCCCCCGAGACCGGGGCCUCGACCACGCGGUGGAGCGUGAGAAGCACCUCAGAGCGCUCCUCAAUCUGAAAAACCUAAUCAUUUCCGAGCCAUCAAAAUCAGUCCCACUCACCUUAAUCACCCAAGCAAACGAAACCAUAGGGUUCCCGUUUCGGCCAAUCGAGUUCAUCCGGAAAUACCCUUCGAUUUUUGAAGAAUUUCAUCCUGCUACCCUCAAUAUCCAACCACACAUUAAAAUCACCCCCGAAACCGUUUCUCUGAGCUCCGAGGAAGAUUUGCUCUACCAGAGCACUACUUACAAGCAAGAAACCGCGAACCGCCUUUUGAAGUUGUUGAUGAUUAGUAGGAUUAAUAAAAUUCCGAUCUUAUUGUUGGAUCAGCUGAAGUGGGAGCUAGGUUUGCCGCAAGGAUUCGAGAAGGUCUUAGUCCCCGAAUUUCCGGACUAUUUUCGAGUGAUUAGUAGUAAUAAUUUGGGUGAAAUCGGGAAGGAGCUUGAGUUGGUUUGCUGGAGUGACGAAUUUGCAGUUCCGAGUAUGGAGAACAAUAAGACAAAGGAUGGAAAGAUUCAGUUUCCUUUGGAGUACUCAAAAGGGUUUGAGAUGGAUAAGAAGUACAAGAAGUGGGUUGACGAGUGGCAAAAGUUGCCGUAUUUGUCGCCUUAUGAGAAUGCGACGAAUUUAGCUGUGAAAACCGAUGAGUCCGAUAAGUGGGUUGUAGCAGUUUUGCAUGAGCUUCUUAGUCUUUUUGUAGGGAAGAAGGCAGAGAGGGAGACAUUGCUUUCUUUGGGUGAGUUUUUCGGGUUGAGAUCGAGGUUUAAGCGUGCGUUUUUGCAACAUCCGGGUAUUUUCUAUGUGUCGAGCAAGAAUCGGACACAUACGGUGGUUCUGAGGGAGGGCUAUAAGAGGGGGAUGUUGAUUGAGAGGCAUCAUUUGAUGGAUAUGAGAUUUAAGUACGUUAAAUUGAUGAAUGUUGAAAAGAAGGAUGAGGAGAAAUCGAAAAGCAGCACAAAGGCAAAGAGUGGUGUUGAUGUGAAGAGUAGUAGUCAAGGAGAGGAAUUGGAUGGUGAUGAUGUGGAGGAAGAUAGUGACGAAUCUGAAAUUUAUGACUCGUCCGAUGAAGAAGAUGAGAGUGACGAUUGCAGUGAGGUCUCUGAGGGUGAAAAAAACAUGACCAAAAAAAGGAAAUUUGGAGCAAAUGAGGCAAAUGUUGAAGAGAAUAAUACUAGGAAAAACGUGGAGAAGAGAAAGAGGACAAAUGGAAGAAGCAAUGACGAAAAAGUGCAUGGAAAUUCGACAAGGUUUUCUAGGAGAACUAAUGAUGGGGGUGGUGAACAUGUGGCAAGGAGAACUAAUGGAAGAAGAAGCAAUGAUGUGGAUGAAAGUUCUACGAGGUUUUCAAAGAGAACAAAUGAUCGGGGUAGUGAAAAUGUGGCAAGAAGGACUGAUGGUUAUGAAAGUUCUAGAAAGUUCUCGAGAAGAACAAAUGAUGGGGGUGGUGAAAAUGUGGCAAGAAGGACUGAUAGUUAUGAAAGUUCUAGAAAGUUCUCGAGAAGAACAAAUGAUGGGGGUGAGGAAAAUGUGGCAAGGAGGACUGAUGGUUAUGAAAGUUCUAGAAAGUUCUCCAGAAGACCAAAUGACGGGGGUGGAGAAAAUGUGGGAAGAAGGACAUUUGGAAGAAGAAGCACCGGGUUUAAUGAAAGUUCCACGAGGUUUUCAGAUAGAAGAAACGAUCGAGGUAGUGAAAAUGUGUCGAGGUGGACAAAUGGAAGAAGCAGUGAUGGUUAUGACAGUUCUAGAAAGUUCUCGAGGAGAGCAAACACUCGGGACAUGCCGAAAACACCUAAAAACCCGACACAUAAAUUAGAUUUUGAAGAUAGGAAUACGAGAAGAAGUCUUGGAAUGAGGACAAAUGGAAGAAGCAAAGCAGAGAUUGAGUAUAAACUUUCUAGAAGAACAGAUGUUGAGGGUGGUGAAAAGAAAUCAGAAAGGGCCUUGUAGUGGAAAUUCAGUCUCCUCAGCAAGCAAAUUCAUCGAUUAGGGUUUGUUCUAUUGCGCUCUACUUCCAAGACAUUCAAGCAAUGGUUAAUGCAACAAACUAACAUAAAGCAUACGUCGAGCAAUUUGCUGAAGGAUCUGUGUUUUUGGAUCUUGAUCGUGUUUUUCAACUUACAAUUUUGGGAUAUUCCCUAUUCUAUACCGCCACUGACGACGGCUCAAUUUGUCUGCCUCCGCCUAUUCCGAUUCGAAAAUCCCGAUUCUUGAUUUGAUUCUAAUUUCUAAGAGCAGUUUCAAAAAAAAAAAAAAAAAAAAAUUAUCAAUAUUAUUACCUAUUUU